GACCCCGAGGGCCAGAAGGUGCUCUUCAAGCUGCUGGAGACCAGCGACGUGCUCAUCGAGAACUUCAAGACCGGCACCCUGGAUAAGUACGGCCUCGGCUUCAACCAGCUCAAGGACAGGUUCCCUGGGCUCGUCUACUGCAGCGUCACCGGCUUCGGCCACACCGGCCCCUACAGCAAGAGGCCCGCCUACGACAUGCUGAUCCAGGCCAUGGGCGGCUCCAUGAGCAUCACCGGCGUGCCGGACGGCGAGCCGAUGAAGAUGG